AUGGUGAUAACUGCAAGUAUACAGCCUAAUAAUGAUCAAGGCCCACAAUUUGUUGGCUUCGUUCUGGAACCAUCUGUACUGGAUCCUGAACAUCAGCAACCACCGAGUCCACCACGCUACGAAGAUGCUCUAAAACCAAUUAGCGCCCCACCGCGGUACGAGGAACAAUCCACUGGAUCGAGCUCUCCGGUCAGAAGUAUAGAUUUGCCACCUAGUGGCAGAACCACCGCCAGAAUCGAAUCUUCAGUUGAUGAGGUGUCGUCAUGCGACGGUGAAGUAGAGGAGAUCGUUGGCCUGAUUCUGUGCAUAUUUAUUUCAAUCGAAUAUACCGUAUCUACAUCACGUUCAAUUGAGCCGCCGCGAUUCCUCAGCAAGAAGUCAUGUCGUUUUAAUGGAGGAGGUUGCCACUGUAUUGUUCGUGUACGUGGCGAGUGCUGCUGUAAAGGAGAUGAGGUGACAGCGCUACCAACUAAUCUUACAACAACCGUUAAAGUACUGGUUAUGUUCAAUGUCAGCAUCACCACGAUCGAUUCAACAUUCUUCCACCAGUAUGCAAAUCUUGAAGAAAUAGAAAUCUAUGAAUCUAAUCAUCUGCAUUCGUUUGAUGGGAACUCGUUACGUCACCUUGCAAAUCUCCGUAAAUUCUCGAUAACGUGGUGUCGAAAGCUGGAAGAAAUUUCAGAAGUGUUGCUGCAGGGCAAUCUGAAGAUACAAUCUUUGUGA